AUGUUGGAGGAGUACAGUCGGGAUUUUAAUCUUAUACCUCUGGAAAAGUUACAGUCUGCAGUACGGAGGAUCACUCUAGCUCGCUCUGCAGUUCCUGUGCUUUGCGGAAGCUCCUUAAAGAAUAAAGGAGUUCAACCCCUUCUGGAUGCAAUCACUUUAUAUUUACCAUCUCCAGAUGACUGCCCUCAUGACUUCAUGUCUUGGUACAAGGAUGACCUGUGUGCUCUGGCAUUCAAGGUUGUACAUGACAAGCAGCGUGGACCCCUGGUCUUUGUCAGGAUAUACUCGGGAAUGAUGAAGUCGCAGUCUGCAAUAUAUAAUGUCAACCAAAACUGCAUGGAAAGGAUGAGCCGUUUGCUGCUGCCAUUUGCUGAUCAACAAGUUGAAAUCUCUUCCUUGUCUGCUGGUAAUAUUGCUUUGGCUGUUGGACUAAAACAGACUGCAACUGGAGACACCAUUGUGUCUUCUAAAUCAGCAGCAGCAGCCGCCUCUCGUAGGGCCAAUAGAUCAGGAGAGAAGAAGGAACAGAAGUCAGAACAGGACUUGGUAUUGGCUGGAGUGGAGAUUCCUGAAUCCGUUUUCUUUUGUACUAUUGAACCCCCAUCUGUGGCCAAACAGACAGAUUUGGAAAAUGCACUGAAGUGUCUUCAGCUGGAGGAUCCAAGCUUGAAAGUGAAGAUAGAUCCUGAUUCUGGGCAAAUGAUUCUCUGUGGAAUGGGAGAACUGCACAUUGAAAUCAUUCACGACCGUAUCCGGCGGGAGUAUGGCUUGGAGACCUAUCUAGGACCUCUUCAGAUUGCAUACAGAGAAACUAUACUGAGUGCUUCCAAAGCAUCAGAAACCUUGGAUAGAACCAUAAAUGAUAAUCGGCACCAGGUGACAGCUGAAGUUGAAGUGACCCCCUUGACUGAUGGUGGCCCAGUUAUUAAAUACGCUGAAAGCCUUCAUCAGAGUUUAUUAAAAGACUAUAAGGAGGCAAUAGAAAAUGGUAUUCAUAGUGCUUAUCUAACAGGUCCUCUACUUGGUUCACCCUUACUGAAUGUUGGGAUCACAGUGCACUCAAUAAAUAUACUAUCUGGCACCUCUGCGACAAUGGUGUCAGCCUGUGUUUCACGCUGCAUGCAGAAGGCCUUGAAGAAAGCAGAAAAACAGAUUCUGGAACCACUGAUGAGAGUGGAGAUCACGAUGGGUGAGGGGUACCUGAGCAGUGUACUGGGGGAUCUGGCACAGAGGAGAGGCAACGUUCAGGAGAUCCAGAGUCGCUACGAUAAUAAAAUCAUACUAGCAUUUGUUCCACUUGCAGAACUUUUGGGUUAUUCUACUGACCUGCGUACAUUAACAUCAGGGUGUGCCACAUUUACUCUUGAGCUGGCAGACUAUGAAGAGAUGGAUCUUAAUGACCAGAAUACUUUGCUAAAGAAAAAGGGACUUCUAUAA